UGCGACCUCUGCUAGAAACUUCUCAUCCAGUUUUAUCCGGUAAGUUCUGAGCACGCUCACGAUCAGCUGACUGUCAAACUGCAUGUGACGGUUUCACUCACGGUGUCUCUUUUUCAGGACGAGGCGAACAGCAGAACCUCCACAGACAGUAAAGUAAGUCCUUCUUCAAACUGAUCGAUCACUCUGCAGGUUUGUUUAAAUCACACCGUCAGUUUUUCCAAACCUCCUAAAACGAGGAGACACAGAGCAGCUCUUUUCGGUCUGUUUCAUGUUUGUGAUUUUCAGGGUUUUCUCGAACCCUUCCCUCCAAAAACAAGCAGAAAUCUGUUUUUAAUAACUCAAAACUACGUCUUGGUGCCAGUUUGUGGUUCAGGGCUGGAACAGACUUCGAUAGAAAGUCUGUUUUACAUCCCUCGACUUUGUGCAACGAGUAAAAUCAGUGAGUUUUAACCAUCAAUCGUCUUUAUUUCCUCCUCAGAUCAUCGAGAGGACCGAGUCUCUGAGGAAAAGGUGGGUUUGUAAACUUUGACAGUUUGACGGACAGAAAGCUCACAGAACAUCUCCUGAGCAUUUUCAGCAAAAAUGAUGCAGAGAUGUUUACAGUCUUGGAGAUUCAGCUUGUAAAGUGGCACCAUGACAUUUCCCACUGCCACUAGGAGGCGCUAUUAAAGGGAUGUCCCGGCAUAAAAUUACUUUCGGGUCAAACCCACUGUACAAGUUAGACCCCCCCUCCAGAGAUGAAUGUUGCCGACCGCUUGCUUCUCUAGUUAUACCAACUUUAGUAACGACCGCAGGAUAGAAAUACAGAGAGCCACGCCCCCAACCAAAACGCCACUCUAUAGCCACAAAUAAUGCUCAGAACAGCACCUAACUUCAUCAACAGGACAUAUAGGGUCACAGACAUAGUACUAGACACCAAACAUCUUUUUAACUUUGACUCAUUUCUUUAGCAAAGAGACUAAACACAACUCACCUACUCUCUUCCAGCAGACGCUUGUUUGUAGAGAGACCUCAGGCCAGUCCAUUACAGACUACCUCGGCAACAUUCAUCUCUGGAGGGGGGGGUCUAACUCGUUGUUACAGUGUGUUUGACCCUAAAUUAAUUUUAUGCCAGAAUAUCCCUUUAAAGUGAUAGAUAAGUUCAGGAGUAGACCCCCAUUAUGCAUGGCAGGUUCGGGUCCAGUUGGAGCAUGGCUAAGAUUAAAACUAUUUCCUGUUUGAUAAUAAAGAAACAGCUGACUCAGAGUUUGACGUGUCUGCAGGUGAUUUCUGCCACUUUUCCCCAACUAUGACGACGUUAACAGAUGUCUUUUUUUAAGUCUAGGAAAGCUGAAUGUUUUUAGCAAAAUCAUCUCUGUGUCAGCAUAGUGACAGUUGAAUAAGUGACCCUGUUAGUGUAGGACUGUUACCAUGACAACCAGGUCGGCUAAUUGACAGAGUCGUUGUUUAAACCGUUGCACCAGAGGUCUAAUCCUCAUCACCGUCGGCCUCGAUCUGGGAGCAGGAGGAUCAAUCAGACGUAUCAGCAGUUUGUCAGAUGAUCGAGCUUUAUGAGUCACUUUUCCAGUUUUAGCAGCAGAGUCGUUAUUGAUUUUGAUUAUUUUUAAGAAAACUAACUUUUGCAUUUUCCCUUCAUGAAAAGCUCGGGGAGCAUAAAGAAGACCUCUCCACCUGUUCCUGUUUCAAGGAUUAACAAGAAACUGGAGCGGUACACUCAGGCCCUGGAGGUAAAACCCCGCUGAGCUCCUCCAACAUGUUUGUUUGUUCUCUUUGUUCGCUCGUAAAAGAAACCAUGUCGGAUAACAACCUCAUCUCUGCGUCCAUAAAAUAAAUCAGACAUAGAGCAAAAAACAACAUCCAAACCUCAGUCUGAACCCUGUUAUUACUGCAAACACGUUAAAGCAGUUUCUGUUCAGAUAACCUUUUAAAGUCAGUGAGGAACAAACAGUGAGGAGCGCAGAGAUCCAGGUAAAGGAACAGGGUGUGAUUUUAGAUGUGAUUUUGAUCAGAAAAGCCUGAAACGUCUCGAUGAAUUUCUCUGCAGGUUUCAUCCAAAGACAGCAGACCAGGCGGUCAGGCGCUGACCGACCUGACGAGUCCUGCAGAGCCCGUCUCCUCGAAGAAGAACCUGUUUGAAGGAGGAGACGCCUGGAACCAAAGCAGCAUCUCAGUCACACCGUCGAAGGUGAAUUCUGAGUUUAAAUGAACUUAUGAAACAAACAAAACCCUCUUUUUAUUACUGGUUUUACAGCUUUGAAUGACAUGCUCCCUCACUUCAAUAUUCAGCCUCAGAUUAUAGUCGUUAACAGUGAAAAUCUCUUCACUCAAACCUGAAUCUUCUGUUUCAUGAGUAGAUAAGUUCAUUUUUAUGACUUUAGAUACUUGGAUGAAGUUUCAGGUGUUUGUGGAAUAUUUAAAACAACAUUUUAAAAACCUCUGAAAUAAAAACAGGUUAAAUAUGAAACUGUUCUCGAGUUUCAGGACGCAGACGGGUUAAAAGUGGGCGUGGCCGAUCUCAUCAACCAGUGGGUGAGAGGCAGUGAGGAUGCGAGCCGCUGCAGCUCGCCCUUCAGACCAGCAGUGAGUCACUAUCUAAACCUAAAUAACCUCUGCUUUACUAACACGCACAUCAACAGUCAGCUAGUUCAUGUUUUUCCAUCCAGCGUGUUAACCCAAAAAUCAUCUCCUAACCAUCUUUGUGCUGAUCUCAGUUUUGUGUCACUGAGAGUUUCAACUCAGCCUAACAGAUCAGUCAGUGAAAGUCCGCCCCCUGCUGGCUGCACCAGCAUCACUCAGCUAAUUUACAAACUCUUAAAUUGAUGCAUUUGCAGGACUUUCAUCCUGAUAGAUUUCUAACAAUAACUGAACAGAAAACUGUCUCUGAAUGUGAUCAUUUACAAACUCUGCUGCAGUUUAUUCAUGAAAGUGAAUCUGAUAAAUAGAGUUUUAUGAUCUGAACUUCAGGAGAGCUCGACCGGUAAAAGGUACAAGUUUGUGGUGACGGGUCACGGGAAGUACGAGAAGGUUUCUGUGGACCAGGACUGCAGUGAGGAUCCAGACUGUCAGUCAGGUGAGAACAAACAUGAGAAACACACACUGGUUAUUAUUUAACUACAUGUGAACCUCUUUAAAAAAAACACAGAUUUUCUGAUAUAUUUAGAAGGUUUUUUUGAGGACUGAUCAUCAUUCAUGUGUCAUAAGUUUCUUGUUUGUCUGUUUGAGGCUCAAAAAAAGGAGAAAGAAGAAACAGUUUCACGUUCAACUUUAUGCACUUUUAAAAUCACACAGUAAAGAAAAAAGAAAUUAUAAUUUAAGCUUCAGUGUAAUAAAGGACUCUGUAGUUAGCUUAUACAAAUAAAAUCCACAUCAUCACAGUCAAGGAAGACAAAGAGUCUCUGAAUCAAGUAAAGCGAGAAAAUGGGACAAAAAAACUACAGUGACAACAUGCUAACACCUGCUGCUGCUGCUGCUGCUGCACUCGCAAAACCAUCCAGAGCCCAUCGUGAUGUCUCCGUCCUCAUCCAGCAGACCUUCUCAUCCUCAUCCUCAACCAUUGGUCUUCAUCUUCACAUCCUACUUACAAUCCAAAGUCCCAGAUAUUGUGCAGUAUCGUUCACUCGUCCUGGACGAUGCAUGACAAGGCAAGAAAAUACGACCCACCGUUCAGAAAAACUGUUUUCAUGCUAAUGUUGAACCGCGGAUCUCCAACUCCUUCAUCCCAGGGAAACAGUCUCAUACAUACAGUACAAAUGCACACUUGGAUCACACGUCACAGCACAGAGGAUCCUGAUGGGAAUGUCAGCGGUGUUGCAUCCUCUCCCUCUUCACACACCUGAAUAUUUGACAGAUUUGAAUCGAGACAAAAGAGUCCCUGAGGUGCCAAAUCCAAAAGGCUCUAUCCUCUGAUGGCCAUGAAAGUUUGUAGGAACAAAAAUGGUGGACCAACUCGCCAGGAGAUCCAAAACUGUCCAAGCUAAGUAAACAAAUGAACACCUGAGCACCUCACCUGAGCACCUGAGCACCUACGCAGAUACCUCACUGAAAAGACUCAAACUGGAGAUCUUCAACGUCUCCUCAGAUCUCUACAUCCCCGAUUCAAAAGUGUUUGGACGUCGUUAAAAAAACGGAUAUUUUUAAUAAUCUGUAAAUACAUCAAACGAUAGUGCAAAGACAAUCUAUCUGUGUGGUUAACCUGAUUUUUUUAAAUGGUUUUACGACUUUUUUAACUAUAAUUCCAACAACAAAAAGGUUGGUAUAAUGACAGCAAAACACUGACAAAGUUUUGUACUGCCAGCGGGAAAAAACAGAAAUAUAAUUGAGUUAAUAUGAAACAGGUGUGAACCAUAACCGGGUACAAAAAGAGCAUUAAAGAGAUAUCGUGUCUCUUAAAUGCAAAAAUGUCCGGAUGUGAUUUUGUUUGUGAGAGACUGCAUCAGCCAGAAGUUCAACAGUUUCAGAGGGUCUUUAAAAACUGAGAGAAUCUAGAAUUAGCUCUACAAAUAGGGGAAACCAGGACAGGGUUGGUCAUGAUUUUUAGUCCGUAUUAAUAGAGACAUUACUCUAAAGUGGAGGUCACAGCAUGGACUCAAAAUCAUGUCCAAUAUCAGUCCUGUCCAUUCCCCAAAAACAGACGAGAAAACUGCGACAUGAUGGUUAACAGGUCCUUGUCUCACCUUAUUUCAAAUGUUUUCAAUAAUAUUUUUAAUUUUAACAUCUUUGCACUUUUUCUAGAUGAGAUGUUUCAGGACUCUAACCAGCGUCCCGACUUUAGAAUCGGGGUCGUGUAUUGCCUCGCCCAAAGAUGGGGUUGUAAUUUCUUGCCCUGAUGAAAUCCGCCGCCACAUUUCUAUCCGUACUCGACUUACAAAACUAUCCUGACUGCACCGCCGCCCCUCAGCCAUCUGCUCACUUCAUUCAAAACCCUUCUGCCCUGUUGUUCCAGGAAUGUAAAAGCCCUAUUUAUCGCAGAGAUUAAAAACUGUCUACCAGCAGUCAAGAACACUAAAAGCCUCUCUUUAUUUAGAAAAAUAGAAAAAGAUCGAGCACGAUAAAUCAAACAGUCAAAGUAUCCACAGUUCAUGCAUUCAGUCGAGACAUCAACAAAUGAAAAAAUCAUCAAACUAUAGGGAGUUGCAGAGAUGUGUCUACACGCCCCGAGAACCUAACGGGCUUCCUGUUUCUUUAAAUUCAGACGACCAUAUAUGGUGUCAUGUCUCGCCAUAUUUUCUCUACAUUGCUUUUUAAACGAGGCUCCCUAACCCCUCUGCGAGUGUUUUUCUCUGUUUUUUAGAUUUUACAACACCAAAGCCACACACCACUCCCAAACACACGUCAGCAUCAGUUCAGGUCACUCAGCAGCAGCAGUUUUUGUGGCACCGAAUCCUCGUGCUUUCCUGUUGAAGUCCUUUUGCUCGUCCUCCUGACAUUUGCGUUUUAUCAGCCCCUUUUCGAACACAGCGGCUAUUUUCGUCAUCGGUUUCUCUGCCGCCUCCUUCAGCUUCCUGGCGUCAAAUCGUGGACUGUACAGCAAAAUCGGCAGACGACUAACGAACGAGGGGACUUCUGCUUGAUUGUCUUUGGAUGCCUUUUUCUCCUCCUUCUCUUUCUUGGUGGCAUUGACCUGUUGCAUGAUUCGGUCCUUGGUGGAGAACAUUUGAAAGAGGAGGGCAUCCCACAUCUUCAACGCUCUGGGACCGCUUCCAUCCUUGACCACCUCCUGACCGGCGCAUUGGUCUGUCGAUGCCUCGGUAUCUUUGAGUCCUUGAUCCGUUUCCUCCAUGUUGCCACUGGAAUCGUCUUGAGGUUUGGGCUCCUGCGUAGGGAACUCCGGUUCUUCAGGUUCAACAACCAUGUGUUUCUUGAGCCGAGUCCAUCCACUGAGUUUUCCCUUCAGGCCUUUCGGCUUCAGGGUUGCUUUAGGCUCGGCGGCUGCAGUGGAUGUCUCUUUGGCCGUUUUCUUGUCAGCAGUUGAAGAUGCAGUUGAUGUCGCUGACUUCGUGGAGGGUUCGACUGUCGGGGCCUUCUUCGUUGCAUCUGUCGUUUUGGUCCUCAGAUCGUCCUUGUCUUUGAGUCCAGUUUUUUGCUGAGAUGGCGGUGACAUUCCUCUGUUUGGGGAUGGAGCUUUGACAGAGACUGAGGCCUGAGGCAGAGAGGCAGGAGUGGCAGUGUCAAUCACAGCGGCUGUAACUUUUGAUGGUUGUAUGACAGUAGCUGUUGCAGGGGAAAUGUUCUCUAUCGGUGGAUCAGUCGAAGGCUUAGCGUUAUCGGUGUGUGAGCUAAUCUGGACCGGAUCUGGGGGAGACUUUGGCAAAGUAUUUGUUGUAACCGGGGGCUUGGAUUCUAAAGGUGCUGAGGAAGGUCUUGAUCUAAUCUGCCUGGUGGGAGGCUGUACCGGUGGACUGGGUUUAAUGGUUGCAUCGGUUGUACUAAGUUCAGCGCUGGGUGGGGACAGCUGAGUUUCAUUCGUGGAACUGGUUUUUGUGUUUUGUGUUUUGGACUGAUCUUUUGCGCCAUCUCUGUUAGUCAGGACUGAAGUGUCUUUGGUUGGAGGUAACUUUAUUUCUGGUUUUGGAGGGGCCUCUGUUAUUGAUGUAGCUACGGUCUGAACGUCACUAACAGCUGCUUUAUUUGGAUCAGGAGGGUUUGUCUGGUCUUUCAAAAUGGCUGAGGGUUUUGUCUCUCUGGUGAGGUUUGGAGAAACAGGUCUUCGAGAAGUCUGGGUUAGUGUCGGAGUAAAGGAUCGAAGAGGUGUACUGUGCAUUCUUGGUUCUGGUAUAGGGGGGGCUAUUAUAGGGGGGAUAUGUUUAGUUCCUGUAGGAGGACUAAGUGGGACUUUAGCAUCUCUGAUUUGAGUCUUUGGGGUGUGGAUGUUAUUUUCGGUCGAUUUGUUCAUUUCAGAUUGGCCUAAUGGUUCCACUCGAGUCUGAGGGCUUCUUGAACUCCUGGAGGAUUGAACAUGAUCUCCAGUCAACAUGCUUUUACUUUGUCUGGUAAUGGAUUGCUGUUCUAUGCUGAAACUAGACUGGUUAGCAACAACGUGACCAUUUGAAGAGGAAAUAGUUGUUGUCUCAAUCCUAAAUGAUCCAGAAGUUCUGGUCUUCAUGACCGGACUUGGUAAUGACUUACUGCCUGAACCUGGUUGGAUGAAGGGGGUUUGUUCUUUUAUGGUGGUCUCAGCUGAACUCGGCUCAACCUGAUGGUUUGCAACCUGUUUGGUAUCUGGUCCUGGUGCAGCAUGGGUUCUUGUUUGUGCAACAGAACCAGAAACGUGGUUUGCAUGAGCAGUCGGCUGACUCUGGGGUCUGUCUGAUCUCAGUUGAGGGCUUUUUGGUGCAACUCGCCUCAUGAUCGGGCUUUUCGGCAUGGCAGUUUGACUAAGUUGCAUGCUAGCUGCUGUGUCUGUCAUCACAAGCAAAGAAGCUUCAGUAGGGAGCUUGAGUGAUACUUUCAUUUCAUUAGCAUCCAAAUGAGGUAUGUUUGUCUGUGCAGAGUCUGCAACGGGUCUACUUUGAUGAAGAGACUCAGCAGCUAAUGGUUGUUGGGGAGGAGGGAGAAGGGUGUCAACGGAGGACUUGUUAGAAAGGAGUCCCUUAGAUGGUUUGUUGGGUGGUUUGGUUUCACUGCUGGGCUUAUUAAGAACUGUGUUACCCUUUAAAGGAUCAGGGGAUGGUUUCGUGUCCACACUGUUGCUAGCUUUAUUUUCUGCUCUAACGGGUGAAGUAGGUGGAUGUUCUGUUCGAGGUUUCCCGGGUGUUUCAUUGGUGGGUUGUGGAUGUCCUUUUGUUUCUACAGGUGAGCUCCUGGCUCUGUUCGUGUCAGCUGUUUUAUCCGUGGGGGGCUUGGCUUCUAUGUUAACUUGGGUUGGCAGUGUUGUAACUUUAGCAGGGAUGGUAAAACCGUUUUCAGUUGAUUUUUGGGUCUUUAUCACAGAGUCUGUGAAUGAACUCGCCCCUCGAGUUAAACUUUCCUGACCACUGGGACCUGUGCUACUCUGCGUGUUUAUCGGUACGCUCUGACCGGUUUUGAUCGUACUUGGAGGCUCUGUCUUAGGCAAACUUAAAUCCAGUGGAAGUUUAGUGUCUGAAGUGUUGGGAGGUCUGGUUGCAGUGACAGACGGCUCAGGUAUUACUGCUUCGCUACUGGAUUUGCUGACUGAGUAAGAGUUUCCAGCAGGUGUACUUGGUGGACUGUUAACUACAGAGUAUUUAGGAGAGAGAUGCUGCGAUGCUGCACUGAGCUGUUGAGUUGAUUUAGUGUGUUGAGUGGCUGCAGAUACUGCCACUGUGCAGAUUCCAUACUGUGCAGAACAUACCGAUGCUCUGACAGGCUCAUGUGGCAAAACUGAAUUUGUGGUUUUGAUGACUGAGUCUUUAUGAAUCAUAUUGGAGAACUGUGGCCCUAGGUCGGUUUUCUCUGGGAUCUUUUCCGUCUCAGCAGCCAUUGGAGUCGCCUUUUUGGACAGACUAGCCUUUCUCCUGACUUUAAUCUGUUGAUAAGCCUCUUCCCUCAGUUUGUGUGACAGCACUUCAGCAGCUGACUGACUGGGAGGCGGGGUUUCUGAAACUGCUUGUUGAUUUCCUAACACUGAUGAGACAUUCACGAUGGCACUCCCAGGGAACUUGGGUGUUAGCUCAGCUGGGGGUUGAACAGACAUUUUUAUAUGGUCAGCUAAACCUUGAACAGGAUUUAGUUGGACAUUUGGACCACUGACUCCACCAGCACUUUGGCCUACCUGGACUGGGGUUUUUGGUGGCUGUUGUUUUGCGUUAGCGACCGUGGGAUCUAGAUUUGUGGGUAUUUUCUUGAGAUUUUUACGAUUCUCUUUGACGUCUACUUUUGUGAUAUGUUGUGUUUUUUCGUAAGGGUCCACUAAAGUUGAGGAAGAACUCGACAGACCGUUGCUAUCAGCUCGGCAUGGUUUUGUGUUCAACACUGCCUCUUUGGAAAGUAUAGCCGCACUUAGUGUGUGUACCUCACCUGCUUUAGGUAUUUUUAUUGAAGCCUCAGUGAAUGAGGCUUUUGGUGUGGAUACAUCAUUUGUGGUUUGUUGCAAUGUUUUCUGUGCCAAGCCAAAGGAGAGCUCAGGUUUACUUGUGUCCACGAUAGACGUGUUAACUGAUUGUUUUCCAACACUGUGAGCCUCAGACCAGACUUCCUCGAGGACAUCUUUGGUGUUAGUGAUGAUCUGUUGGGCAGGAAGCUCAGAAUCUCUUGGUGACGCCCCAGUGUUAGCAGCAGGAACCUCCACUGAAGACUGAAGAUCUUGGUGCCCGUUGGGUUGUUUUGUUGCAUCAAUGCUUGCGACCUGGGGGUCCUCUGACUGAGUGUUGUUUGCAGGGGUUUCAGUAAUCACAGAGGAUGGAGGACUAUGAUGUGAGGAUGCACUCCUAACCCCACCAAAGGCUGCAUACUCUGCUGGAGUGAGUCCGUAAUACAUGGAUCGGGAUUUGGGCUUUGAGGCCGCCAGUGACAUCUGAGAUUCUAGUAGACAUGUCAAAGACUUGCGUGCCUCGACCACAGGUGGACGAUAAGGUGACGACAGAUGACUUAGACUAGAAGAUGCUUGAGCUGGUGGAAGAUCCAGACUUGUAGUCUUUGGUACGGUGGAGUAAAAAGUGGGAACCUUCGGUAGAGAUGAUGCCUCACUUUCAGGAACUGUUUGCAGUUUUGAGAUGACUGGCUUCAUCGGUGUUGGUUUGACCACAGCAGGUGUGAGUGCAUUCAGACUUGAUGCUAACUUACUCCUGGAGUAAAGCUCAGGAUUUCUCACAGUGCCUAGAUUAUUCAGAAUCUCUACCUCAGUGUAACUCCCAGCAUGUUUGGUUGGAGAAACUUCCGUCUGGUUGAGGUUUGUAGAGGCAGCAGGGGGUGGGCUUAAACUGCUCGUGUGAAUCGUGGACUUCAGUCUUGAGGUGUCAUUGGGAAUCACAGGAGCCAGCGAGUCUUGGGAGCAGUUGAAAGCAGGACUUGCAGCAAAUAAAAGCGGGUUGGGUUUGGAUAUUUCAAUAAAGGGUGUGGCUACUCGACUUGGGGUACAAGCAGGAGUCUUAGGUCUUCCACCUUGGGGCCUGGACUUUGACAGAUUCUGAUCAGGACUCACUACUGUCACUAUUGUCUUCUCCUUGUAAACAGCAGAUGACAGCGCUCUCUGGCUGGCCGGGUUUAAAACCGUCAGGUCCUGCAUUGAUGGGGGUUUAGAGAUCUCGUAAAAUGUUGCCCUGGAUGUAUAAAUCCUGGUUUGUGAGGCCUCAGGCUUUGUCUCCUUCACUGCUUCAACAAGUGAUAUUUUUGAGGCUGUUAUCUCUGAGGGCAUCUGGUUUAGAGGGCGGUUGCCAUUGAUGGGGGGUCUGGCAGUCCAACACAGUGUCUGGGACUGAGGGUUUUCCUUGAGGCUGGUGUUUGUCUCCCUCUGGCUGGGAAUAAAAGGUUGUGUCUGAGUGUUGGAAACUGACAGCAGCUGUGGUAGAGGAGGUAGGUCUGCAACUUGAGAAGGUGCCAGUCCUGGGCCGCAGUUGGGGGUGGCCGGGGAUAGGGUCAGGCUGUGAGUUGAUAUUUUGGUGCUGGGCUGGGACACAGGAACUGAGGGGACUGUUGUGACUGACCCAUGAGAAUUUGGUGUCAUGUUUACAUUGAAGGCGAAAGGAUGGGGUGUUGUUGAAACCAGCUUGGGUGGUGAUGGAGGUGGUGAAGCCGAAGGUGGCAUCAUGAAAGGUGUCACAUCAUCAAAUAAACAAGAAGAACACUCAUACAGCGGGGCCACCUGCUCUUCACGAGUCCUGAUCUGAGCCCUGAAGGGCUGCGGGGGGAGGCUGCCUGUUUGGACAUAGGGGGUGCUCUGAGGAUGCAGGAAUGCAGGUGCAGGGUGAUUGUAGAGGGAGCCAAAAGGGGGACUGGAAACUGUGGGGUCUGCACCAUAGACUGUAUCCGGUGUCCUCGGUGGGCUGGACUGGUCACUGUGCUCGAGGUCUGUGCUCGCUUCGUUGACAGGCGACAGACAAGAUCGAAAAGGGACAGGCGUCUGGGAGAGGCUGCCUUUUUUCUUGGCUCUCUUCUUCUUCAGUUUCUGAAGUCUGGCGUUGUCUUUGCCCGGCUUUGGCAGUAAGGGUGGAGGAUACUGCUGGGAAAGGUCAGGAUCCAGACCGUUACUGUAGCCCACUUCCAUCAGCAUGUUAGAGGUCUGAAAGACAGAGGGGACCCGUCACUUUAUUCAGCUGAAACACACCAACAAAUCCACAUCCACACAAAACUAUGAAAUGAUUAUUCAGAGCAGGAGUCGGUUUGAAUUAUUUUGAAAUUCUAUGAUAUCAAAAUGUUUGUAACAUUAUUUGUUUUUCAUUUGUAACGCCAUGAAUAUGUUUAAUUAUAAUAAUUUAUUAUGUUUGCAACCAAAUAAACAAAAUGCUCUUUAAGUUUUUAUAUUUCUGCACAAACUCUUUAUCCCAUCGUAAAGACUGAUCUUUGUCCUUCUAUGUCAUUAGUCUUCUUUAUGGUUUUAUUCAGUUAUUGCAUUGGUUUAGAUUUUGUUUCACAUCUUAAGUCUUACUUGUAAUUCACUACAGUGUAAAGUUGUGUUUAUCAGUGGCCUUUAUUUGCCCAUAGAGAGAUAGAUGAAGCUGAGGUUAUCCAACGGUCUUUAAGACUGAAAUCUGGAUUCUGUCCGAUUUGCUUAAUAUUCCUAUUUAUGAUGUACCUUUAAAAAAGGUCCAACAGAGGCCAACAAACUCAAAAAUAUGCAAAUACAAAGAAACGAGGAGACAAAGCAAAAGCACAAGACUAUAGAAUAUUUAUAAAACACACUGAUAAAGGACGAGCGCACUAAAGGGAGGAAAGUGAAUUAAAUAAACACACUAGUGAGCAGGAGGCUGUGCAAGGGAUCGAGGAAACAUCGCUGAGUUUGUUUUUAAUUGAUUAUGGAAAUUAAAGAUGUUGAUUUUGGUUUAAAGGAAGAAUAACUGCUGAUAAUGUGUUUUUUCUGUCUUCUGAAGGCGGUCACUUCUACGAAGACUUGUGA